AUGAAAUUUUCAGCCCUAGCCAACGCCUCCUUCAUCCUGCUGAGCCUCGUUGGCCCAGUCUCCGCUAGCUCGCGCUGCCUGCGGCGAAGACGUAGCGGACAUAUUUCCCACCGGAUCACGGUGGAAGAUGUGGGUUCGGAAAACAUCGAGACGGUAUGCAAAUCGCUCUGGGAUAACCUCAAACGACACCCCGCUUGCAUGGUCUUCAGACCCAAUGGAUGCGAGGAGGCCGCCUACAAGGGCGACCUUAGCUGGCACUUCACGACCGCCCUUGCCUGCAACGCCGGAAUGGUGCACUCGGCCUUUUACGAAGCCACAAACAACCGUUGGGGUGCCAUAAGGUGUCAAUGA